AUGCACACCGCCGUCCAAACCCCGCCGUCCAAACCCCGCCGUCCAAACGCCGUCGUCCAAACCCCGCCGUCCAAACGCCGUCGUCCAAACCCCGCCGUCCAAACCCCGUCGUCCAAAUCCCGUCGUCCAAACCCCGCCGUCCAAACGCCGUCUCGUCCAAACGCCGUCUCGUCCAAACGCCGUUGUCCAAACGCCGUCGUCCAAACGCCGUCGUCCAAACGCCGUCGUCCAAACGCCGUCGUCCAAACGCCGUCGUCCAAACGCCGUCGUCCAAACGCCGUCGUCCAAACGCCGUCGUCCAAACGCCGUCGUCCAAACCCCGUCGUCCAAACCCCGCCGUCCAAACGCCGUCUCGUCCAAACGCCGUCUCGUCCAAACGCCGUCGUCCAAACGCCGUCGUCCAAACGCCGUCGUCCAAACGUGAACAAAACAGUUGAAGUGAACCUAUGA